AUGAGGGGGCUCGCUAUCGGAGGAAGUGGUUCUCAGCCUCGGAUCCUUCUGCAUUUACUCGGACAGCUCUACGUAGACCUGGAAGAGGCAGCGGCCGAUAGUGACUCCGACCGAUCUUGCGGUAUCAUAGAGAGCGGCGUUAGAGUUCGCCUCUUCCGGUGUCGCCCAGCGCUCCUUCCGGUAAUGUUGCCGCAGCCUCGGCUUGGUAGCGCUCUCACUGCCAUCGUUUUGCGUCUUCGCGCAAGGUUUCGUUGCUACUCCCGAGCCGCCAUGGCGAAGAGUAAGUUCGAAUACGUCCGGGCCUUCGAAGCGGAGGAUAAGUGUUUACCCAACUGCUGGAUCGUGGUCCGGUUGGACGGACGCUGUUUCCACCGCUUUGUUGAGCAACAUGAUUUUAAGAAACCUAAUGAUGAUCGUGCUCUUAAUUUGAUGAACAAGUGUGCACAGACAGUGAUGCAAGAGCUGGAGAAUAUUGUCACUGCCUAUGGACAAAGUGAUGAAUACAGCUUUGUUUUCAAAAAGAAAACCAAGUUGUUUAAGAGAAGGGCAAGUAAAUUAAUGACUCUCGUGGUCUCCCAGUUUGCAUCCAGCUAUGUUUUCUAUUGGAAGGAUUAUUUUAAGGACCAGCCUCUGUUGUAUCCACCAGGAUUUGAUGGACGUGUGGUAUUGUUUCCUAGUGACCAGAAUCUAAAAGAUUACCUCAGUUGGCGACAAGCUGAUUGUCACAUCAAUAACCUCUACAAUACAGUAUAUUGGACUCUUGUGCAGAAAAGUGGCCUGACAUCUGUAGAAGCCCAAGAGAGACUUCAGGGAACUCUUGCAAGUGACAAGAAUGAAAUUUUAUUUUCAGAAUUCAACAUUAACUACAACAAUGAACCUUUGAUAUAUAGGAAAGGAACUAUUUUAGUAUGGCAGAAGGUAAAUGAAAUCAUUAGGAAAAAAAUUAAAACACCAGGGGAAACAGAAGAGAAGGAAAUCGAAGUAACCCAGAUAAGAAAUACACCAGUUCCUUUGUAUUGUGAUAUUAUUGGAGAUCAAUUUUGGAAACAGUAUCCUGAAAUCCUGUUUGAUGACAGCUGACUUUUUCUAUUUGGAUUUUAAUAUGAACUAUUGUGUAUAGUUUAUUUUACAAGGACUGCAUCAUGGUGGAAAAAGGAUAAAUGUAUCCCUGUACUUUGUAAUAGCCAUUUUAUUAGAGUGUAGGAAAAAUGGAUGAAAAAGCCAGGUAUUGUUCAUAAAUAAAUACUUUUCUAUUAAAAUUA